AUGAGAAUCGCCGACGUAGGCACCGGCACCAGAAUCCGGCUCACCGACCUGGCCGACAAGCUCCCCAAGUUCGUCCGUCUAGAUGGUCUAGACAUCUCCUUCGAUGCCUGUCCCGCUCGGGAAUGGCUCCCACCCAACAUGACCUGCAUCACUGGAACAUCAAAUAAGAAGUACUUGACCACCUGA